GGAGGAAACAUGCGGGUAGUUCCUGACUGUGAGUCAUCACUGGUGCCCAGACUGACAGACUCAAAGUUGUUUCUAGAGCGAGGGAUUUCUUUUUUUUCAGUCUCUUUUCCACCUUUUGGACUCAACAUAUAUAUACAUUGCCGUUUUUUUCUCGAGAUAUCACUUCACACGAUGUCUGUUAUGGAAUAUCAGGGCUGAGUCACAUCCUCGCCCCAGGACACUACCAGAGAGCCCUGAAUUUUCUUUAAAUCAAACACACUGCACUUCAGUCACACUUUCACCAUCAAAACAUGGCAGCUACUGCUCUUGUUACAGAGAACUUUAAGUUUGUGUCCCUCUUCUUCAAGAGUAAAGAUGUGAUGAUCUUUAACGGUCUGAUCGCUCUGGGAACUGUAGCCAGCCAGACUGCAUACAACGUGUUUGCUUUUAACUGUCCCUGUUCCUCUGGGAGAAACUACCGCUAUGGCCUGGCUGCCAUCGGCGUUCCUGCACUGGUACUUUUCCUCGUAGGAAUAAUGAUGAACAAGAGCACCUGGGAUGUGGUGUCUGAAUGUCGGCUCAGAAGGUGCCGGAAGUUAUCUGGAGCUGCAGGUUUUGCACUACUGGGAACCAUCAUCGGUCAAGCUGUGGUCGCUCCAUUAACCUGGGUGGUCAUCUCUUUGCUGCAGGGUCAAGCGUACACAUGUGCCCUCAGUGAGUUUGUAGACCCCACUACAGUGGAGGGCUUCCCCUCAGAUAAAGGGUCAGAGGUCAUGGCAAAAUUAUCAUGCAAAGGAAGUGUUUCGGAGGAGCUGCAAGGCUUCUGGGCUGAAAUUGAGCGAGGACUGAAAUACGAAUCUCAGCUGUUAGGCUGGCUGCUGGUGGCCGGACUGUCUCUAGCAGUAUUCCUGAUGCUGUGUAUGAAGCGGUGCUCUUCUCCACUUGGCUACCAGCAGGAGGACUACUGGUCUCAGUUCCGAUCUCAAGAAAAGACCCUCUUCCAACGCACAGCAGCUGUCCACGCCCGCCUUCUGGCUGCAGAGAACAUUAAGAGCUUCUUUGGCUUUGUAGUUUUAGAUAAGGAAGAGAAAGAGCAGCUGGCUGAGCACCAGAGUGCCAGUCCUGUCUGCAGCACUAAAUGGAACAGAGUAACUGGAGUCUACCUUUACAGGGAGAAGAAUGGACUGCCUCUGUACAGCAGGCUCAACAAAUGGGCCACGUACAGCCUGGAGAAUAAUGUGGAGGCCAUGGACAAAGAGAUGGAGUUGUUCAGCUGACAGACUUUGUUGUGUACGGAGGAGAAGAGCUGCCAAAAUCUAAAAUAAAUAGUUAUGUGCCUUAAUGAUUUAAAUGUACCAAAAAUUUCAUUUUUAAUUGUGUUGGCAUUAUUCUGUUUAUAAAUCACAACAUAUUAUUAGUUUGACCUUGGUCCUUAGGACAAUCCCUUUUGAAAUGUAUAUUUUCUAGUUCAUUUCCUCUUUUAACUAUUAUUCAAUCAUUUUAAAGUAUUUUUAAAUUUAUCUUGAAUGUAUUUUAAGUUUAUCUCUUGAAACCUAAUGUUUUUAGAAUGGAAGUAUGUUAGUAGGGGUGCUGAGGUUGUGCCCCCUUCAAUCAGGCAAAAUGAAAACCAUCAGCUUAUGAAAACAUUUAAACUCAGCAGUUAUGAGCUUUGAAAUCCUUUUUCAUUGUAACCAAAUUCUGAUUCUAAGCUUUGAACAGUUCAGAGCUCACGUCCACGUCGAUGUGAACUUUGGAUGUUGAGUUUGUUGUACGUUGAAGUGUAAAAUAGUCUAUUGCUCAAUUUUUUAAAAUUAAUACCAUAUGACUAUUUGCAGCAGGAACUAUUUUGUCAUCAUAUAGGCCAAGAAGGACUUCUAACUAUGACUGACUUUUAGCACCCCUGAUAUAUCAAAAUAAAAAUAGUAAAAAACAAAAAUGAAUUCUGUAAAAGGGGUAUGGGAAAGACAAUUAAUUAUUUUAUUUUAGGGAACAUUUAAACUUUCCCAACUGCCCCAUUUUAUAAAGAUUGUAAAGGUAAGAAGUUAUAAAAUAAGAAAACGUCAAGUAGAAAUGUAUCUAUAAAUGUAUGCCUACAUUUAUUUUUAAUGCGAUUAUAGUACACUUGAUGUCAAAUCACUUAUUUAGUUAUUUUGACAUGUAGCUUUUGUCCUCAGUGUGACUCUGAUCAGAAAAGAAUGGUGGGAUCAUCAUUUUUAGGAAAUAUUUCUAUGAGGGGACAAGCAGAUUUAUUUCUUUAUUUUCAUAUGUUUUUUAGGUUUUACUUUUAAAUCUUAAAUGUUUUGAGUAUCUUAGUAUUUUCCUGAUCACAUUUAUAUUCUCUGAAAAUAAUAUUCCAAACUGUACCCAAGUGUUUUAAGUGUGAUACAGAAUAUAAAAUGUAUACGGAGAAUAAGUGUGGCAGGUUGUGUUUCAGCACGUCCCCAUUCAUGGAAAAAUGUUACAUGGAUCUCCUUUACACCUGUUUUCUUUCUUUACAGGUGAACUCAUCAUGAAAGGAAACUAAGGUCAAGCUUAUUGGUACCAAAUGUAAAUGGAAAAAAUAGAUUUUAAUAAAAUCACAUAAGAUUCUUCAUCAGAAGUGGGACAUCUGUUUAAUAUUUUCAUUUGACUUACUGUCUGAUAAAAUGUUUUACUCCAAGUUUACACACAUCUUUUAUUACAGGACAUAAAACUAUAAUGUUGUCUUUUUGUAGGAUAAAAUAUUGAAUUAAAAAAUAUUUUGUUUUAGCAUGUAAGCUGUGGAUAAAUACACUACAAGACCAAAUACAACCUGUUUGGUGGUGCAUUAAGUACAGAUUAUGUUUGCAUGUUGAAGAAACACUGAUAGAGUCUGACACAACAAGUUUGAUACAUAUUGUAAUAUUAUAUUAGAAGUUUAAACUAAAAAGAAA